AUGAAUAUUAUAAGAAAAGCAUCAUCUACAAUAUUAAGACCUUAAUUCAACUUUUAAAAAGUAAUUCUUUUUCCGGGAGAUGGAAUAGGCCCUGAAAUCUCUAAAGCUGUUAUAGAUAUAUUUGAUGCUGCAAAAGUCCCAAUUGACUGGGAAUUUCAUGAGAUUCAUAAAAAGAGAGUGACUGAAUAAGGCGAUUUAAUCACAGAAGAAACACUUAAAUAAGUGAAAGCUUUAAAAUACGCUUUGAAAGGUACUCUUUCAUUAAGUAUCAUCAGGACCAUUCGAAACCCCAAUCGGAAAGGGAUACAGAUCAAUAAAUGUGACGCUAAGAAAGAGAUUAUAAUUAUUUGCUAAUGUUCGGCCAUGUAAAUCCAUCAAAGGAGUUAAAACUCCCUAUCCAGGAGUUGAUGUUGUAACUAUAAGAGAAAAUACCGAAGGUGAAUAUAGUGGGUUGGAACAUGAAGUUGUUCCUGGGGUAGUUGAGAAUCUCAAAAUUGUCUCCUAUAAUGCUUGUUAGAAUAUUGCCUAAUACGCUUUCGAAUAUGCAAGAGCAAAUAGUAUUUAAUAUAGACUAAAUGUAGAUAGAAAAUAGGUAGUGGCUUGUCACAAAGCAGGUGUUAUGAAACAAGGGGAUGGAUUAUUCUUGAAAGUUUGUGAUGAUGUUGCAAAAAAUUAUCCAGAAAUUUAAUUUAACGAAGAAUAGAUUGACACAAUGGCUUUUAAAUUAGCAAAUGAUCCAACUAAGAUUGAUGUUAUGGUGAUGCCCAAUCUUUAUGGGGAUAUCGUUUCUGAUCUUUGUGCAGGCUUAAUUGGAGGAUUGGGAUUAACUGCAUCAGGAAAUAUUGGAAAAGAUUGUGAGGUGUAUGAAGCCGUUCAUGGAACUGCACCUGAUAUUGCAGGAAAAAAUCUUGCAAAUCCGACUGCAUUAUUAUUAUCAGGAAUUAUGGUAAUAUUAAGUCAUAAAUAAUGUAGAUGUUAAAAGCAAUGAAAUUAAAUGAUUAAGCUCAAAGAAUCGAAAAUGCUACUUACUCAGUUUUAGAAGAAGCCAAAUAUUUGACUGGUGAUCUUGGUGGUAAAAGUACAACAACUGAUUAUACCAAAGCUAUAAUUGAUAAAUUAUGAUCGAUG